AUGAGAAAAAAUAGUCAAAAAGCUUUCCAAAAUACUGAGCGGACUUCUCUAAAUAAGGAAAAUCUGCAUCCAUUGCAAGCACACUACCAGUAGUAUUUGCAAUAGCAGAGGAGUUCAAAGUUUGCUGGCAGCUAGACCAAUUCAAACUACAGCAAUAACUAGUUCUAGUCUUCAGAUUUGAGUCUAUCCUAGAGCGGGACAAGCGAAGCCAAUAACACUCAGAGGAUGAUUGACAGUCAAAGAUCAUCCAGGCUUAAUAUGUCAAAGAAAUCGCUGCCAAAUCAAUAUAUGAACUUUCAGCCUAAUAAUUCUGUCAAUAGUGCCUCGAUGAAGGGCACACCGAGCUUUCAAAAUGGAGUUAGAGCCUAAAAACAUAACAUUAACAACAACAUUCCAAGUCAAGCAACCAGCAAAGCAAGCAUGAGCAACUAGAACUCACAAAAUACUGUGAGUUUCAAGUCUAAGAAAAAUCUGAAUCAUCCCCCAAUGGUAGUAGAAUUUACUCUAACCUAGAAUGACCUGUAAUUGUAAUAGCAGCCUCAGAAAUAAAACUAAAAACCAUAAAAGGGGAGUUCUGGUAAGAGAAGCUCAAACCAGAAACAGAUAACUUCAAUGCAGAAAUAGCACUAAUAAAAUCAACCGUCAAUUAGUAGCAAUAGCAGUGCUUAGGUAAAUCAGCAUUUCUAGUAGACCAAUAAGCAUCUCAGGUUUGAUUCAAUUUAGGAUAGUUCUUCUGCUACAAACCAAUAGAUGAUGAGUAUUACAAGUCAGCACUAUUAGGGAUUAAUCAGUGGUGGAUCAUCAGAGGAAGACAACAAUGAUGAUAAUUAUCAAGAUUUAAAAGAAAUGAUGAUGGAGUCACCCUAACCUAAAAACCCAAACCAAAUUACACUGAACAACUCAUUGCUCGAGUGUGUCGAUCAGUAUGGGAACAAUAUUGACUAGUACUCAGUUCUAAUUGAAACUGAUAAUAAUGAGGAGGAAGAAGAAGAAGAAGAGGAAGAUGAAGAGCUGAGCUCUAAAAAAUAAUAGAUAUCUGAACUUAAUGAUCCAAAUAGUUAUCUCAAUACAGUGACUAAGGAUGUAUAACUCUAUGGAUCCAUUAAUCAUAAUAUCAAUUAGUAUCCAAUUAGUAAUUCUAAUAAUUACAACAGCAACAGCAAUAAUAAGACUACUCAUACGAAUAUCAUUUAACUUCAGAACAAUUACUAUCUUAGCAAUAACCCUAACUUUAUAGUGUGCUCACCAAGCGCUAAUACAGAUGAUGAUUGCUAAUAUACCAACUCUAGUGCAGUCAGAAGUAUUGCAACAGCAAAUUCAGCAAUCAGGAAUCAUUAUAGCUAUGGAAAAACUCAUGCUCAUUUAAUCUAUACAGAUGAGAGAAAGGAAGAGGAUCUCUCAAGUUAAGCAAUAGAUGAGCAAGAAGAUGAUGAAAUGAAUAACAACGAAGAUAAUAUUCAAUAGUUCAGUAGUGAUAAAGAUCAAUUUACUCAUGACAAUGGUGAAGAUGAUGAAGAAAUAGAGUCUAAGUUACAUAUAGCCACAGGAAGCUCAUAAUUGUAUCAAACUAAAGAUUAUGAUAGAAGUUAAUCUAGUGGGCAGUAUCAACUUAGGAUCAAGAGAGAUAUAAAUGAUUAGUUAUAAUAGACACCUGCUUAGUAAAAUUAGUUCUUAUAAAUACUUGACUCAGACCAAAGAUAAAGAAUUAUCAAUGAUACACCUCAAGUUAUGGAGAUGAUUGAUCAAUCAAACAUAUAGUCUACUAAAAAUAAAAGUUCAAAGCAUAACUCUGGAAAUGGGAAGAACAAUUAGACCUAAAAUAUUGAUCAAAUUUCACCUGAGGUCCUUGGAUCAAGAGAAAACAGGAGAAGAGUCUAGAAAUAGCUUUAGCAAGACAAGAAGAAGGAUAACAAAGGAGAUAACACCAGAAAUAGCUCUAGAUACUUAAAUUUCAAGGAUAUCAGUCCUUUAGUUAAGAGCUGUAAUACCUUUGCCUUUGACAAUAUGCCAAAUCAAUCUAAUCUUGACAUUAAUCUUGUGGGCAAGAUUUCACCCCCAUUCUUGUAAAAUCACUAUCCAAGUGUGAUUUAAAAGGGUGAUAAUUUCAAAUUCAACACAAUCAAUAGUAAUAAUGUUAGUUAUGGCCAUAAUACUGCUAAUGGUGGUGGCAUGAUCUUCAUGCAGACUAAUACCAAUGUAUUUGGCAAUACCAUCUAGAAUCAUUAUUACUAAACAACUUAAACCUAAGGCACAAUGAUGGGAGGUAUUAAUGAAAAUGAUAUGUGCAGUCCAGAUUAGUUAUCAAGAGGAUAAAUGACUAAUAAACUUAGCAGUGUAAUUGAAAGUCCCCCUCCUCUUACAGAUAUGACUCCCGAGAAAGGUAUAAAGGACUUCUCAAGAUAAUACCUUAAUCAAGGCAUGUGGCCCUCGAAGACCAAUCAUCUUGGGGAUCAAACGACAAUAAUGCACUAGUCGAAAUUAUAGGAUGCCAGUUUAAUGAGUUCUAGACUCAAUAUCUCUAUGAAAAUGGGUGACAAUUUGAGAAGAAUCGAAUCGAAUUUACAUUCGCAAAUAAAGCACCCUAAUAGUAACUUCAGCACACAUCAAAAGAACUAAUAGCAGAUUCUAUAGAGCUAGCAUAUGCUGCAUCAGAGCAUGCAGAAAAAAUUUGUAGUGCCUCCUCUAACAAAUCUCUCUAAUGCACUAUUCAGCACUGCUGAUGGCAUGCUUACUUAAUCUCAAACAAAUCAAACAUUUUCCCAAAAUCAAAUCAAUAAUAGUAACAAUAAUAUUAACAUGAGCAGUAAUCAUUAAAAUAACAUAAGCACAUCUAAUCCUUAUCAAAUUCAAGAAAAGCUAAGCUCAGCUUAUCCAAAUAUAGACAUCAGCAUAGUGCAGAAGAUAAAUACUACUCUCGAUAAUAUGAAUAAUUAGUUCUACUUCAAAAGACCUUCUGAUCAUGUUGGCUUAGGCAACUCUUCUAUUACUUAGCUUCGCACCUCUAGAGAGUAAAGUAAGCAUAAUCUGUCAGGCUUCACACUUCUGAAUAAUUUCAACCAUCCAAACUAAAUAAAUGCCAACAAGAUUAAUACAAUGGUUAACAAUACUGUUUUUAAUCAGUCAAGCUUCGAUGAUAUGUGCAAUAUUCAUGGCACUAAUGAAAACCCCUAGAAUAUUACUCAUAUAUAGAAUGAGUAACUACUGCCCUUAACCUCCAGGUCUCAUAAUUAACCUUAGUUAAGUUUUAAUAAUAACAGAUUCAGUAAUAUCAGUGAUGCCAAGAAUACUCACACGCAUGAUCACAUGACCAGGUAAUGUAAAGAAUGCAUAUUUGAGAGGGAGAAAAGAUCAGUUACUUAAAAAGCAUUUGAGAGAGCUCUUGGUAUCUCGCUCUAUUUAAUGGAAGAGAUCGAUAAGAUAAGCUUGAAUUAAAGAGAAAGACCAAGCAAUCAUAGUGAGCAUAACUAGAUGCAGAUCAGUAGAUAAGAAAUUAUGAACUUGAUGAAUUAGACUCAUCUAGGCGGAAUCAAGGGACUGAUAUCACCAAACAGUCUUAAUGGAAGCACCACGCAUCAAAAUAGCUAGACCAGAUUAUCAAGAAGUAAAUCGCAAUCCAUGAUGCCAGUGGAGUUUGCUAAUCUAUAACGUAGUCUUCAAAUCCCUAGAGGAGCUUUGAAUAGCGCUUAUCAAGGAAUUUUCAAUAAUGCCACACCUAAUAUGAGUUAUAUUUGA